AAUAAUACUGUUAAAUAUUUUAGGCUCUUAAUUCAAGCAAUGGCGCAAAAUCAGGAGUAACACGGGAAGAUUUGAUUCGUUGCACAAAAGCUAUUACAAAAGCAACUUCAAAGUCGGUAGCCGCUGGGAUAAGUAACAAACAAGAUGAUAUAAUAUGUGCUGCUAAUAUGACACGGAAAGCUAUUUCUGACAUGCUUGUCAUAUGCAAGAGUACUGCAUAUAAUUUAGCAGAAAAUAAAGAGUUACGAAAUCGAAUAUUACAAGCAGGACUAGAUUGUGCUCAUCAAUCAAGGGAACUUUUGUCUAUAAUAUUGCAAGGAAAUGAUGCAAAACAUGCAUUACCGCAACAAUCACGACUUAUAGCACAAUCUGUAACAGAACUUGUCACUGUUGCUGAACUAUUAAAAGGAUCGGAUUGGACAGAACCCGAUGAUUUCACAAUAAUUGCCGAAAAUGAGUUGCUUGGUGCAGCUGCAUCUAUAGAUGCUGCAGCCAAAAAAUUAGCAGGACUUCAACCAAGAAAACAAAUUACUAAGGUAAAUGAAUAUUUUUUCAAGCAUAUUAAUUUAUUCAAUUAUCACAGUUAAUUGCACAUAUAUUCA